CCGAUGUUACACAUUUCUGGCAUUGUCACAAAACGAGACUUUGUGCACCGCAUUCACCGUUGUGAAUGUACGGUAAAUGCCUCUUUAGGUUAAUUGGGGACAACAAUACUAGCUGGUCGUUUUCUUAGAGAUUGUGGACACUCCGUCGAAGGAAACACAGGGAUUUGCAGGUUUUGACUGGUCAUUUGAGUCCAAACGCAGUGAAGGAUGGAGGAAGUGACAGUAAUCAGCAACCCCAUUGUGUCUGUGCGUAUAACAAACAGCCUGUCGAGCUUUGAAAAGAGCACGAGGUUCAAUCGAGGAAUUACAAUAGCAGCACUCAAGGCAAAACUGGAGAUGAUUACAGGAAUACCUCUCUCCUCUAUGGACCUGGAGAUUUUCAGUGUUGCAGAUACGUUUUUACAGAAAGUAGAAGACAACGAUUAUUUGCUGGGUUCUUAUCCUGUAGAUGAUGACUGCCGAAUACAUGUUAUUGACCGAAGUGGAGGUCAGCUGGACCUGUUUAAUGAUUCCACAGUGGAGAAGUUUGAGCUCACAGAUGACGUAUAUGAUAAAAAGACAGAUUCAGCAAGGUCAUUCAUGAAGAAACAUAAUCUCGGUCAGUUCAAUGAGGAAGAAACGGCCAAGAAAAACGCUGAGCGGGCUGCAAGGGACGAGAAACGGAAGGCUGCCGCUGAUUCCAUUUCUGUUGGCAACCGCUGCAAAGUGGAAGUGGCCGGGCAACCUACAAAACUUGGCACUGUCAUGUAUGUAGGUACAACAGAUUUCAAGCCUGGUUUUUGGGUGGGUGUGAAGUACGAUGAGCCGCUGGGGAAACACAAUGGAACGGUUGGAGGAAAGCAAUACUUUGAAUGUGAGAACAAAUAUGGUGGAUUCGUGACUCCCCUGAGUGUAACUGUGGGAGACUUCCCUGAAGAAGAUUACGGUCUUGAUGAGCUGUAGGACUCUACAAGUAGUAUUUGUGUUUUUGUUAAUUUGUUUGGUUCUAAAUAUGAUUUCAACCUUCAAACUGUUAACCCCACAUUGUAGAUUCAUUUAAUUUUAUUUCAAAAAGUAUUUUUGUUUUGUUUUUGCAUGUGCUUCUCUGUAUCUCAAAAAAUAAGUUCGGUUCAAUAGGGAUUAAUACAGAAGAGGCUGUUAUGUAAUGCAACAAAAGUUGUUUUCUCACCUUGUCUUCCUUUGUUGAUUUUUGGUCUGCUUACUGUUUAAAACUGUUUUUUUCUAUAUUCAGUUAAUAUCUAUGUGUUAAAAGUAAUUGUAUGUACAGGUAACUCCCUGUAAUUAACAGUAGUUGGAGCAAUUUUGAUUUCUGAGAGUUUUGGACAUUUGUUUAUUUAAGGAAAAUUCAUCCCAACAUGCUUGGACACUAGAAUAGAGAGUGGUUUUGUGGAUUGUAACACCAAGUACAAAUGUCGCUGGAAGUUAUACAGAAUUUCCAGUUGAAGACUGACGAAAAAGAAUUUCACCUGUGAAGAGGAAAUGUGAACGUCUCUGUUGGUGCUCCAGCUUAAUGUUUGAAGUUUGCUUUUAUAUUCAAUGUAUCAAAAGGUUAGACGAUUAAUUAACAUUUCAAAAUAAUGAUAUGCCUUAUUUAUAUGCCUUAUUUAUGGAUAAAAAAUUAACAUUUUUGUCCUGUAAAGUUUAUAAAGGCAAUGUAGAUUGUUAUUUUAGUGUCUUUGGAAUGAAAGUUUGUACAUUGCAUCAUUUGAUAGACUUCAAUUGAUCUCUGAGUUGCUGGUGUCGCUUUGUGCCAAAAGAUAAUACAUAAUUAAAGGUAAUUGACAAUACACAGGUUAUUGGAGUUAGUAUGUUUCUUUGAUUUUUUU